AUGAAAAGAGUUCGCGAGACAUCAAACGCGGCUUCUUCCUCUGCUGACGCUCAAACAACAGGAGAGCAACCCAAGACGAAACAAGCAAAGACUACGACUCCUACUCUACAGCAACAACAGCCAACAACCGCACAAGCACAACAACAACAACAAAGUUCAACAUCAGUACAAGAUGCGCUUGCUUAUUUGGAUCUGGUGAAGAAAACAUAUGCUAGCGAGCCUCAUGUUUAUUCUAGAUUCUUGGAAAUUAUGAAGGAGUUCAAAAAUCAUGUAAUUGAUACACCAGGCGUUAUUCAGAAAGUAUCAGAAUUAUUCAAGAAUCAUUCACAUCUCAUUCUAGGAUUUAAUUCUUUCCUUCCACCUGGAUACAAGAUUGUGCUGGAAAACAAUGACCAAAGCAUGAAUGCAGCAGAGACUCAGCAGACAUCGCCAACACCUUCCAAUGCUUCACAAAGUAUUAUCCAAGGCAAAAAGAAAAAGAGAUCUACAUCGCCACCUCCCACUGCUGUGGGAGCUCCUCCACCCAAAUCUAAUGACAGAAGCAUUGAUUUUGAUCAAGCCAUUUCCUAUGUUACCAAAAUCAAGAAGAGAUUUGCUGACAGCCCACAAACAUACAAAGCAUUUUUGGACAUUUUGCACAACUACCAGAAGGAACAAACAACCAUCAAGAAGGUGUAUGAACAAGUUUCCGAGUUAUUCAAGGAUCAUCAAGAUUUGUUGGGUGAAUUUGCUCAAUUCCUUCCAAUGCCAGAUCAGUCAAAGAAGGCAAGAAAAGCUGCAAAGAAGGGUACACCACCACAAGCAAUAUCCGGUCCAGCCGCAAUAUCAGAUGAGAAGAAGCGAAGAACAGCUAGAACCACAUCCAAACCUAAGCAACAUGAGGACUUUGAGUAUGAAGAACCUCCACGCUUUUUUGUACAACUACGGGAAAGAUUGGGUGAUUAUGAAUACAACCAAAUACUGAAGUGUAUCAACAUGUACACUUCCGACAUUAUUGACAGAAGUUCCUUGCUUGACAUGAUUAGUGAGAGUGAAGCUCUCAGAAAGAAUGCAGAUUUGUUUAAAAAGUUGAAGAAACUAAUUUCUACAAAUUCAAUAGAUGAGAGCUUGCUUAAGAGAGAAAAGGUUGUUCCUACCGAUAGCAAAUCAUCCAUUUAUGGACCAAGUUACCGAGUUUUAAAUAAGACUUAUCCUGAACCAAUAUGCUCCGAGAGAACUGAAUUAUGCAAUCAGGUAUUGAAUGAUGAGUUUGUAUCAGUUCCUGCAGGUAGCGAGGAAAGUAGGGAUAUUCAAAAGAAGAGUCAAUUCGAUGAAAUUAUUUUCCAAUGUGAAGAUGAUAGAACCGAGCUUGAUAUUGUAAUUGAACAAAAUGAAUCAACAAUCAAAUUCUUGGCUUAUUACGCUGAGAAAAUCAAAAACAACGAAGAACUUGCCUUUAACUAUGAAGACAUGAAGGACAUUCAUAGAGCAAGUAUUAACAGAAUCUAUGCAGAGAAAGGUUCCGAAGUGCUUGAAGGACUUCGAAGAAAUCCAGCUGUAGCGAUUCCUCUUGUUUACAGAAGAUUAAAACAAAAAGAUGAGGAAUGGAAAAAGGCAAGAAAGGAACUGAAUAGAUUCUGGAACGAUAUUUACCAAAAGAAUUUCCAAAAGGCCAUGGAAAGCCAAUACAACGUCUUCAAACAAAACGAAAAGAAGAAGCUCAAACCCAAAGAGAUACUCAGAGAAGUCAAAGAAAGACAUGAGUAUUGCCGACCAAUGAUAUUUGAAUUCCCAGAUAGAAAAAUUCAUGACGAUAUUUAUUAUUUGCUUAUCAAUUUAACGAAUGAUUUGACUCCAGAGGAGGUCAGAGAUAUUAACAUGUUAUGGAAGGACUUCCUUAUCCCAUUCCUAGACUUGCAAUCAACCGACUAUGCCAAAUCGGAAAAGUAUGAUGCUGUAUUGAAAGAAGUGCCUGAGGGAGAACAGCCAAACUCGACACCCACUUGCUAUUUUGUGGAUUUAUUCGAGCAAGACAUUCCAUCAGGAGAUGGCACCAGUGCUGAAUUUCCACCAAUUGUCGAACAACAAAUUAGCAAGCAUGAUAACAGAUAUAGAAACAAUGUAUUCUAUGGCAAUUCAUUCUUCAUGAUAUUCUUCCGCUAUUAUUGCGCUCUUUACGAAAAGCUUUACAGAGCAAAGCUGGCCAGCAAGAGAACAGCUCGAAUGAGACAAAAGACGGUUGAUACGGCUACAAUCCUCAAAGAACACGAUACUCUCCUCGAAAAGAGCAGCUUCAACAAUGAAAAGAAGGAAAAGGAGAAGGAGAAGGUAAUUGAAGAAAUGGCCUCCAAGACCAAUGGCGGUGAUCACAUGGAAAUUGACUCGGACGUUAACAAGGUUGCAGACGACAUUUAUUCACAAUUCUUGAUAGUCAUGAUCAAAUUCUUGAAUGGCCUGGGAACAUCUCAAUCCUAUGAUGACGAUUGCAGAAAACUUCUCGAUCAUGAUUCAUAUGCCGUCUUUACAUUUGAUAGAGUUUUUGUCGAGUUCCAAAAGCACGUUUACUCCAUGAUGACCGACCAUAGAGAUUCUUGCUGUGAAUUUUUACAAUUAUUCAAGUACGAAAUGCAAAGAGUGAAUAGGUUCCUUGACAACUCGUACCGUUUGAAUGCUCAAAAACUAGUUGGUGAUGAAGUGUGUUAUGUAUUAGAAUACAGCAAGAGAAGUCAAAAAUCGAGAAUUGAUGAAAUUGACCCUCCUGAAGUUGACCUAGAAAAGAUGGAAGCAGAAGAAAAGGCUCUGUGCUACGUACAAGAAUUCUUGUUGUCUUCUCCUCCACCGGAAUUGGCACACAAGAAUAAGAUCUUCCUUCAGAGAAACAAGAAAGCUAGUGUCGAUCCACAAAGCAUCAUUGUUAGAAACAGACUAGAAUGUAAAAUAUGUAUAGCCACUUUCAAACUCUAUUUUGUGGAAGACACUGAGGAUUUCUUGUUCCGUAAGAGUAAGAAAGAGUCGAAACAGUCCAAACAAAACAGGGCAGAAAGGUGGAACAAAAUUUGUGACCAACUUUUUGACAAUUUACCAAAAUCAUAUGGAAACUCAACACCAGAACAACAACCCUCAACAGCAAUGGAAACCUCUAAUGAUUAA